AUGUUUUCUCGAUCCCUCUCGACAUUACCUAUCUCUGAGAGUAGUUUAUCUGCACUGAACCGAGCUGGGUUCAAGAACGUCAGCGAUCUCGGCACGUUAUCGGCUGAGCAGCUCUCUCUGGAAAUAACCAUACCAGCAUUCGUAUGCGAAGAAAUUCUAAAAACUGCACGAUCAAAGUUUGAGCUCCUUACUCAACCGGCAACUUCUUUAUUGAAGAGCAUUCGCUCGUCGUUUUCCUUGUCUGAACCUGUCAAUGCUCUUCUUGGAGGUGGCUUGAGCAGAGGGCAUGUGAUCGAAUUCAGUGGUCCUCCUGGAAGCCCGAAAGACCUUGCUAUUCUGGACCUGAUCAGAAGCGUAGUCAAAGCCGAAGAAAACGUAUUAUUCUUAGAUGCACAAAACAUGACAAUCCCAUCUACCUUGAGGUCUGCAUUGAAAGGUAGCUCGCAGGAUAUCGAAUUUCAAAUUCUCUAUGGAUUGAUUGCUCUCCAAAAAUCUGUAUUUACACACCCCCAGACGUCACUACUCGUUCUGAACACACUUUCCUUCCUCUUUCACACGACAUCUAUCCCUAACUCAGCAAGAGUAUCAUUACAGGAACAACUAAAGACACUGCUCUCCAAAGUUUGCGCAUCCAAGCAGCUUAUGGUUGCUGUUACCGUGCAAUUAGCAACGAAGAUGGUUGGCGAAGGUGGAGGUGCAGCGAACUUUGACACAGCGAAGAAAGCAAUCAUGGUUCCGCAACUUGGUGAUUCGUAUCUACCUUCGAGCAGGUCGCACCGUCUUAUCUUUAUACUUAAUUCGCCUAGAACCGGGUGCGUAAGCCUCUUCUUACUCUUUUGCUGUGGAAUCGUGACAUUCCCCUAUGAAGGGUAA